AAACAUUCUGCAUAUUGUCAUUUUGAUUGACGUUUCUCUCAUGAAACGGUAGAGAUGUAUGGAGUCAUCAAAGCAGACAGCGCUGCAUUAAAAGCGUCUAUAGCCUAAUUCCACUGAGCCGAAAUAAAUCCACAGUCUCUUCAGUGGCUGUCCUUUAAAUCUACACGCUCUGUAUUUAUAUCCCACAACCCACACACCGACCAGAUUGUUAUUAUUCUUCUCCACUCUUCAUGCCCGGUGCAUUCAAAUACAAACGAAUCAAACAUGCACAGGAAUGCCACCAUCAAGACUGGGCUGGUGAAAUGCACCGAGACGUACGUCCAUGUUCUUGUGUGAAUAUUGACUCGGGAGGACGGCCAAACACAUCUCCCUGAAGCUGAUCUCCAUAGACAGCGGACACGGAGAUGAUCCCAUUAGCGCUGGCUGCAGCGGCACAUGCUCAGUUAUGCUUGUUGAAGGGGAUCUCAGUAGGCUGUGCGUGAACACUGAGGUCAUCGCCUGCGCUCAGGAAAAAAUACUCCGCGCAGCCUCCAUUUUGAGUAGUAUGAAAUAGAGGAAAGCAUAGUUUGGAGCCGCCGCCGCAAACAAACUGUAAACACUAGCGAAACAGCCUCUGCCAUGGACGACUUGUUCAGUCCGCGAAGGCAGCUGAAUAGCACACAAGGAGAGAUUCGAGUUGGACCAAGUCAUCAGGCCAAGCUCCCAGAAUUACAGCCGCCUCCUGCUCACGGUACAGAGUCGGUCACAGAAAAUGAGGAUCUGGUUUGGGCACCUGGGGUCAAUGACUGUGACCUUCUCAUGUAUCUGCGGGCUGCCAGGAGCAUGGCAGCUUUUGCAGGGAUGUGUGAUGGAGGUUCAACAGAAGAUGGUUGUCUUGCAGCUUCACGGGAUGAUACCACUUUAAAUGCUUUAAAUACGCUUCAUGAAAGCCAAUAUGAUGCAGCCAAAGCACUUCAGUGCCUGGUGAAGAAACCUGUUCCAAAGCUUAUUGAGAAAUCCUGGUCUGAAGAUGAAGUGAAACGGUUUAUCAAAGGACUCAGACAGUACGGCAAAAACUUCUUCAAGAUUCGUAAGGAUCUACUGCCUAGUAAGAAAACGGGUGAGCUGAUCACAUUUUACUACUACUGGAAGAAAACUCCAGAAGCUGUGGCGGCGCGACCUCACCGUCAGCAAAGAAGACAGCCAGUGUCUCGCAAAGUGAAAACUCGCAAUGCAACAGCUGCAGCCAAUGCAACAUCUCGCACUUCUUCUAUGGAGCUCAGUUCGGCCAGUGAAGAUGAUCUGGACAGUGAGGAUAGUGAGCAGGGUGGCAAACGUCAAGCUUGCAGUCACUGUCUAUCCACUAACUCCAAAGACUGGCAUCAUGGUGGAAGAGAUAAUGUCUUGCUGUGCUCUAGCUGCCACACUCACUUCAGCAAACAUCGGCGUCUGCCACCCGUUCCCAAACCAGCAGACCCACCGUAUCUCUUCAAACCCGUCAAAGAAGAGGAAGAGGAAAGCAGGCAUGGCAUGAAGACCCGCCGCAGCCGCGUGCCCCCACAUAUGUCAUCUCUUCGAAGCGGACGCAACAGGCCAACCGGGAGUCCCGAGAGGGGCCUCUCUCCGCCAUCUGAGGAUGUGCGGCCUAAUGGUCAGUCCUCUAGAGCCAGUUCCACUACAAUGACAACCAGGGCGUCCAGCUCAGAUAUGAAGAAUGGAGUUGCUGGCAAGACCAACAAGAAGAUGAAAGUAGAGGCGUCUGUUGUAAAGGGUGUGAAAAGACAGAGAGAGUCAGCUGCUCCAGAUGCUGACGAACCGGAGAGGAAAAACAUGAAACGACCAAAGAAUCAGGAGGGUCCUGAUUCUCCAUCAGAAUGUGAGGGUGAAGGCGAAAGCUCUGACAGCCGCAGUGCCAACGAGGAUGGCAGCAGUGACACUAAAGACAUUGAUCAGGACAACCGCAGCUCCUCCCCGAGCCUAGCUAGUCCUCUGCAAGCCAAUGAAAGUGAUUCAGACUCCCCAGCACCACCGCCUGCAUCAGGCCCAAUUACACAAGCCCAGCCCCAGCAGCCUGCUGCAGCCUCCACAACACACACCCCAUCUGAAUCUCCUCCAUCUCCUCAGCCCACUCUGCCUACAUUUUCAUCAGCACCUUCGCCCGGAGCGGCUACAACUACUGUUACAUCGAAGGCACCAUCUGCGGAGACGACCCUGGAUGUUCCCUCUCCAUCCCCUUUCAGAAGUGGCCCCAAGGCACCCGAGGCUCCCACCUCUUACUCAAACUCCUCAUCUCAACAGGUGCAAUGUCCAGGACAGGGGCAGUCAUUGCCUGUGCCAGCCCAUUAUCAGCACAAUUCAGGUCAGCUACAAAAUCCUUCAUCUGGAGCCAAUCAGCCACAAGGAUUCACUUCCAGACCACUGCACCUUCAAAGAGAGAGUCCUUUUCCUCCUCUUCCUGCUACAGCAACAUCCCAAAUCAAGCCCCCUCCGACCACUCCAAUUCCACCUUCUCACAAGCAGCCACCUCACCUUUCUGCACCUCCACCCCAUUUCCUACAGAUCCACCCUAAUUUACCUCCACCUCCAGCUCUGAAGCCACUCGCUUCCUUGCCCUCACAGCAUUUGCCUUCCUCCCAGCCUCCUCCACUGCAUGUAAUUCCACAAAAUAACCCCGCUCCGCCUUCAGUCCUAACUCAGACACAGAGCCAGCAAGUUAAAAGCCACAGCAGUGCUGCACCUCAGGUCGCAGCUAGUUCUCACCCACCGCUGCCCCCGAAUCGCCCUUCUCCUGAGUCUACUGCUUCAUACCCUCUUUACACUUCUCCCAUCCCUGUCCCAGCCCAUCAGCCCUCCACAUCCUCCUCAGCAAGCACUCCUGUUGGUCAGGCUAUAAUCAAAGAGGAGCCAGUUGAUGAGGAAGAGGAAUGUGAUAGUCCGCCUCCUCCUCGCAGGAGUCCCUCUCCAGCACCAACAGUUGUGGACAUUCCCAGCCAUGCAAGUCAGUCAGCAAGAUUCAUCAAACACCUCAACCGAGGCUACAACUCCUGCUCUCGCACAGACCUGUACUUCACCCCCUUGACCUCCUCAAAACUGGCUAAAAAGCGAGAGGAAGCUGCCGAACGGUCCAGAAGAGAAGCAGAGCUGAGUGCUCGACAAGGAAGGGAGAGAGAAAGAGAAAGAGAGCGAGAGCGGGAGAGAGAAAGAGAGCGGGAGCGAGAGCGAGAGAGAGACUCUGAUAAAGCCUCUCGUGCUUCAAGCUCAUCCCACGAUGGCCGCAUAAGUGAGCACCUUCUUGCGGCCCACGUGCAGCCAGGUCGUCCAUCAUUUGAACCUCCCCCACCCACCACCGUUGCUGCUGUUCCUCCUUAUCUUGGCCCUGACACUCCAGCUCUGCGCACACUCAGCGAGUACGCCCGGCCACAUGUCAUGUCACCCACCAACCGCAACCAUCCCUUCUUCAUGCCAUUGGGCCCAGGUGAGCACCUGCUAGCUUAUCACAUGCCUGGGCUCUACGCAGCAGACCCAGCGCUCAGAGAGCGGGAACUUCGUGAGCUUCGAGAGCGAGAAAUCAGGGAAAGAAUGAAGCCCGGAUUUGAGGUGAAGCCGCCAGAGCUGGAGAACCCACUUCAUCCAUCAGCAAAUCCUAUGGAGCACUUUGCCCGCCAUGGUGCCCUGCCACUGGCUCAUGUGGCUGGACCUCACCAUUUUGCCCAGUUCCACCCAGCCAUGGAGCGCAAUGUAGCAGCUCCACCUCGACCAGAAAUCAGCUAUGCUGAGCGUUUAACAGCUGAAAGGCUCCAUGCUGAAAGGAUGGCCUCUGUUGCUGCUGGUGACCCUGUUGCACGGCUUCAGAUGCUCAAUGUCACACCGCACCACCACCAACACUCACACAUACACUCCCAUCUUCAUCUGCACCAACAGGACCCUCUCAACCAAGGCCAAGGGCCUCAUCCCCUAGUGGACCCAUUGGCUGCUGGCCCUCCACUGGCACGUUUCCCUUACCCUCCCGGUGCCAUCACUAACCCCCUACUCAGUGAGUUACCACACGAGCAUGAAAUGCUCCGCCACCCUCUGUUUGGAGCACCAUUCCCCAGAGAGUUACCAGGCCCACUGGCUCCGAUGUCAGCUGCGCAUCAGUUGCAGGCGAUGCAGGCACAGUCAGCAGAGCUGCAGAGGCUGGCACUGGAGCAGCAGUGGCUACACGGACACGCACACUUACACAGCGCUCCUCUCCCCAGCCAAGAGGACUAUUACAGCCGUCUGAAGAAAGAAGGAGACAAGCAGUCCUGAAAUGAACAAAUUCUCCACUGUGGAUUAUAGAGUGAAUUCUGUGUUCAGGGUAUCAAGCCUUUUGUUUCCCGAAAAACCCAGCGUGGGUUUAUCCCCAUUUUGGCACUUAUGAACGUUUGACCGACUCCUUUGUGCUGUACGAAAUAAGUAGCCUUUUGGAGCUCACUGAAUUCGCUUUCCUUGCAUGAACACUAUUUAGAAACGGUUUCUGUCAGAAAUGAUAUUCCCAUGUAAUGUGGUUAUUGUGCUGAAAGCACAGUACAGUAGAUUUACUAAGUAUUUGAGAAGUGCUGUCCAUUAUCCAGAGUUUAUCACAGUUUAGUUUCAAAGUUUAUUGAAACACUCGUUUUAAGAUUGUAAAUACUAUAUGUUUAAAAUAAUAUAUUAACUGUUAAAAGUUGCAAUGAUAGAUUUGGAUACAAAAAUUUCAGAUGACUUGUGUGCAAAAAGUGCAUGCUUUACAUACGCUAUCCUUCCCUUUCUCUGACAGCCUCUUCAUCUAUGCCUCAGAGUGCUCAUCAGUAUAAAAUCCACUUUAUUUUUGUCUGUAAUUUCAAUUUUUUAACCGUUUGAAACGUAGACCAAAUGCAGCUAGAGUGUUAGCAUCCUGACUGUAGUUUUGAUCUUGCCCUUGUUCGGCUCUACAGAACAGUCGCUUCACUGCCGUGAUCAUUCAAUGCAGCAGACAACUGUUCAGAUGGACCUGUUUGCAGAGUUUACACUGAGAUACAUUGUGUGCAGGUCAGUUACUGGGUCAUCUCUAAUUGGGACAGAAGUUUAGGAAGAUAGCAAUAAAGUGCACAUUUGUGCACUUAACCAUUUGAACAACCAGGCUUGUUACUUUUACAUAAUCAGGUUGGUUGGGAAGGAGCACAACAUUCUCACAAUAAUAUGAAAUCCAAGAGAAACACAAGAGUCAGUUUGUGAUGGUUUACUGCAAUACACGUGUAUUGUCGUGCACUACUAUCAAUUGUUAAACUAACAAUAGGAAACAUGAAAUGGAGUGCCAUUGUUUUGUACUGUAUGUGUACAAGCGGACAUGAGUGUUAUCUGUUAACGCUUUUCAUAGUGGAGCUUUGAUGGGUCACUUUUUUCCCCAAAACUGCCAAAAAGUCAUUAUUACCUUCAAUUUAACACUAAACAUUUGUACUGGCGUAUGGAUAUUUUAAAUGAGGAAUAUAUUCUCAUUUUUACUAUUCAUGUCUUUCUGUAUAUUUGUCUUCACAUGCACAGCGUUGUCUGACUGUAAUUACAUUUCAGUGACAAAUGCAUGACUAUUACAAACAGCUUGUAUUAUUUUUUACUCUUCCUACACUUCAGUACAUCCAUUAACGUCAUACAAAAUCUUUUUUGUUAUUGUUUGAUCAGUACAUUUUUUUCCAGUACUUAAUUCAUUAGUGUAUAUAUAUUUUGAGGCUGUUUCAUAUACUAUUUCCCCUAUCACACUGACAUCAGUCUCUGUUUACGUGUGAUAGAAACAUUUGACACUUAGCAGCAGUCAUACUUCUGGCACUUUCUGAUACCUCCUUAACUUCCAACUACAUUUUAUGUGCAAAUGUAUAUUCUUUACAAAUGUACUCAAAUCUGUUUCUUCAUUGAAAAACUAUAUGGAUUUUUAAAAAAGCUUUUGCCGCAUGAUUUUCUUUCCCUUUCCUUUUGCAUUUAAUAGAUACAUCUUGAGCGGUAAAAAUGUUUUUUUAUAUAUGUACACUGCAAAAUAGUUUCAUUGUGAAUUACAUAAAUAUGUAUAGCACAGCUUGAGUCCUGAAUAUAACUGACGCAAAACUUACCAGUGGUCACUUCUGGUCCAUAUCAACAUAUCUAAAGCAAUACAUGUCUUCUAACUGAACAAGCGUUUGUAUGGGAAAAACUAGACAAGUGUUUCCUCCUUUGCUUUGUAUGCUUUUCUUUAACGAAAUUGUCCUUUGAUAAGUUAUUUAUUGACCGAACACCUAUUUUGUAACAUGAAAAUAUUACAUGAAAAUAUUAGACUUUUAGGAAACAUGGAAUACAACCUAAUAUGUGUAUUUACUAAAGUGUUUGGUGUGAAUUUGUGCAAAAUUAACCCUUUCCUGUACACUGGCCCCCUUGUGAGAAAGCUCUAAUACUAGAUUUUUAUGGUUCAUCCUUCUUUUACGUAUCGCCGCAAGUACUGGAUGGCAGAGAUCGCGCUCACGUUUGCCAGAAGAGCUGAGAAAUAACAGAGGGAAAAAAGGAUCAUGUUAAUUUUGUGUGCUCAUAUUAUCUGAAUAAAUUGCCUAAUUUAAUAUGGAA